UAUUUCUCCCUGUCUUCCUCCUCCUUUUUUUCUAAUCAGCCAUCUUGCUCUCACGGUCCAGAAGGAAGAGUUCUCGCUCUGGGUUUCUUUUUCAGCAAUCAUGCUUCGUUCGAUGAACCCACUCUUUCUUAUCCUCCUUAUCUUCUUUGUCUUUGUUUCAUCUUCCGAAGCGAGAAAGAAGACAAAGCAAAAAUCUGGUGAGGACAAAACCCAAAACUCUGGAGAGUUGAGCACUAAAAAUGGCGACCUCUGCACCUGGCAAACUCGAGAGGGCAAAAACAACGUAGUGCUUCAGCUCAAAUGCUCCAACCCAUCCAUGGAGGCGGGGCUUGAGACCAGCAUUUACGAGUGCCAGUUUACGGGAAAACCAAACGAAUGCCCCGCCUACAAAGAGAAACCCAUGCAAUACUGGAAGCAGGUUAUAGGAAAGCUGAAAAAGCGAGAAAACGCCUGCGAAGGAGCAAAAGUGGCGAAGGUGGCGAUGUGCCGAAGCGCUCCAGUUGCAUCAAACAUGAAGCUAGUGAGGGAAAAGGCAUCAAGCGGAAAAGAAGGAGAGAAGGAGGAGAAGAAAGAUGAGGAAAUGAUGAUGGGUGACGAAGCGACAUCAGACGGAGUAGCAGAAAGAGAGAGCUACUGCGCGGAAGGAUGGGAUCCCCUCUGCCAGUUCUUCAUCAAGCUUCUGUAAAAGUAACCUUCGGGGAAAUUAAAUGUUACUUAAGAAUUAACAUUAAAUAUAUUUACUUACACUGUCACCAUGUAGCCUGUUCACGCAAUCAGAAUGCAUUAAUUUGAGGAAAACAAUCAGUGACAAGAUGCUGACUAAAAACUAGCACUAAGCAUUAUUAGCAUUAAAUUAGAGAUGAUGAUUAGGAAGAAAUUCUUUUAAAAAUGUAUGCUAAUCAAAAACCUUCCUGCUUCCUGGGUGUAGCUGCUGCUGAUGUUGUUGUCAUGUGCUUUUUUAUUUUCAUACUGUAUAUUUUACAAAAAAAAUCAAACAAACAAGCUAGCAAGCUAGACAAUUCUAACACACAAACAGAAAACAGUUUUAUACCCAUAAUGCAACAGGAGAGAUCAUUUUAACUAAAUUAAAAUUAAACAUAAACAUGCAAAACCCUUUAGUUUAGUAAGGUUAUGUGUGUAUGGUCUCAAUGGUCUUCUAUCAGGUUUUGGCUAAGUAGAUGAUUUACAAGAUGUACUAAUCACACAUUCUAAUCGCUAGUUAGCAUGCUAGCCCCCAGGUGAUAUUAGCACCAUUAGCAACUCUUUCGUUCAGUUGAACUUCAGUAGCAACUUUUUAUAACAUGCUCGUGUUUGAGAUGCAGCGCUAAGCUAACAUCUUUGGAACAGAAAGUAAAUGAAAUAAGAUGUGAUGCAAUCGUAUAUAUUUAGCAUAGCAUGGCACAGUUUAGCCUAGCAGUCCUGAUUUUAUUUCUUUAUAUAUUUAGUGUUGUGUUUUUGACUAAAAAAUUUAUUUCAACUGUGUAAAUGUUUCUAAUCAUCAAUAAACUAUGUGAUUGUGUUUAACCCCA